UUCUCAACAAGUGGCUGGGCUGUGUAACCCUGUGGAAAAGCAGAGGUGUUGACUUCUACUCCACACCAUGUACAAAAUUAAUUCAAAAUGUUAAUAGACGUACAAAAAGAGCCCGAAAGAUUUCUGCAAGAAAUUAUUGCAGAAAAUCAAAAUAAAUUUUGAGGUCAGCCAAUAAAUAAAUAAAUAAAUAAAUAAAUAAAUAAAUAAAUGAAUAAAUGAAUGAAUGAAUGAAUGAAUGAAUAGGAGAAAACCUAGCAAUUCCAGAGCCCCAAUUAUUAGAAGGAUUGGGCUUGGUCAGAUUUAAAAAUUAUUUCUUAAAAGAUGCCCAACAGUAUGAAAACACAAGCCAAUGUCUGAGAGCAGAUAACCGCAUAAUAUGUUAGGCAACACGAAUAAAUAAAAUAACUGGAGGAUCUCCACAGUAACGAGAAAACACCCGAUUUGUGCAGUUCAAAAUCAGGUUUGAAUAAAUACCUGUAUGGUAAAUAGCAUAUUGGAAUAGACCCCAUAAUCCUAACCCUAAGGAAAUACAGAUAAAGACAAUAUCACUGUACGCCCCCCCACCCCCGGAAAGGGGAGAGUCAGUGCCCUGCCCAUCUGUCACAAGUGUAGGUUAGGAAGGGUGCAGCUGGAGUCCUCCCACACAGCUGGUAGGAAGGCCAAAUGCUGCAGUCCUCCUGGAAAACCGAACAUGUGCCUACUGAAUGACUUACGUACCUGUGGGUCAAACCAUUCAUCAUACGACCUGUGCAUGGUCAUUCACAGUGGCUUCACCUGUGACGGCUCCCAAACCGGAAACUCGUGUGCAACCAACAGGAAUGUGUGAAUAAAUUAUGUUAUACCCAUGCCAGUCAGAGCAGAUGAAUUGGUGACGUAUGCAUCAACGUGGGUGAAUCUCAAAGGAAAUCUGCCCUGUGGGUUGGCCACAGCCAUUUCCUUCACAUCCCCCUUCCUCCAAAGAGCAUUAUUACAUGAUUCGAUUCAUGAAAAGUUCUGGAAGAUGAAAUUAAGCCCAUGGUGACAUUCAUGGGUGUCUGGGAAAGCUAGGACAUAAAGGUGGCACAUGGGCAUUUUGGGGACAGGUGAAUUAUUUAUUAUUUUUACAGUGAUGAUGGGCUCACACUGACUACACCGAAAGCUCACCACAUGGUUCACUUCAUAGAUGUGCCUCUCGUCAUAUUUCAGUCAUACAUGAAGACUGUAGAAAAACAGCCAAGGGUUAUCAUCUUUAUUUUGCUAAAAGUGUGAACAUGGUAGAAAUGAGGAUGAAUUUGAGCCAGCGCUGCUCCCUCAGGGCAGGAGCCUAGAAAACCAAAACCUAAGAGAGCAAAUUUACUAAGUUAAUUUUUGGACACUUUCAAUGUCUAGAUUAUCAGGUUUUUUUUCCCUGUUUCUUCUGCGACUUGUUUUGUAUAAUUCCUUGGACUCCAUGACAUUUGGAGUUUGCUUAAGGCACCGCUUCCGUUCUUCCCCUGAUGUCUGCCCUCGUUUUCUGACUUCUCAAACGGAGCCUGGUCUCUAAGAGUUGAUGCUGGGCAUGGAGGACAUGAAGGAGGCAGGAGCUGGAGGCUGCGUCAUGGAAAGACCUUGGCGCCCCUGAGGAAGGAAGGACCUGCCUGGCGGAAUCCCAGACUCUUCCUGUUCAAGCUCCCGGAGACAUUCUGUUCUGUGUGGCCAUGGAGAGCGGCUCUCUAAGUUUCUCUUUGAGAUACCCGUUUGGUAGUCGUGUCAGGUGAAGCCUCCUGGUGCCCCUCGGGGCAGUCAGCGACUGUCUUUUGACCUGGUUGCUGGACACAAGGGCAUGAGGUUUUUAUACCCAAAUUCUUUAUUUUCCAUCACUUGGCUUAUUCUCUUUUGUACUUUGCAGUGGUUAUUAAUUCUCAUGAUUGAUUUUUGUUCCCCCUGGGCCAGCUGUAAGGAGCAUCUAGCAUUGACUCGCUUGCAGUGUUUUAGGGGAAUGUGAUUUAGACUCUCUAGGGAGGUCUGUUCCGCUGUCUGAAUGAGCCGUCUCGUCCUUCCAUGUCAUCGGGAGAUGGAUUUUGCUGGUCGCUUUGUCGUGUAGGUUAUGGCUGGGGUGGAUGUCUGCCUCAGGAGCCUCCUCCCGGCAUCUUGUUUUGCCACUUGAAUUUCUCUGCCCUUCUUACUCUCUGAGAUCACUUUGCUAAUCACUUUCUUUAUUAUACCUCUCCUAUUGUUUUCAGUAUUGGCGAUUGAGCCCAAGGCUUCCUCCAUGCUAGCCAAUGUCUCCAUCACUGAGCUCCGCUGCUAGCCCUCACAUCUCCUUUCUAUAGAGUGUAAGGUCUUGGGGAGCAGGGUACUCUUCUCACCCCACACUGCAAACAGUCUGCAAUAUGUGACACCAGGUAUUUGUUAAACCAGAUACAUAAAUAUAAAAAAACAAACAAACAAAAGACCAAAUAAAUACAAGGAAAAAGUUUUAGUGAUGUUGGGGCAAAUAAAACGUAUGUGUUUUGGCAAUACCCCUUUUUUCUUUAAACAUUUCAUUCAUCUUCUAAGCCAGUCAGUGCUCUGUUUAUCAGUGACGUACCCACGUGAACUUGAAUGGUCGGGUUGGAUGUUUAUGUCCAUUGACUAUAUUAAUAGAUGGGAAAUUCUACACGUGGUGGGCUGGUUAAUUUUCUGGGGCAGGAGGGCCCAGUCACCCCGGGGCAGGUUGUAUAAAAAAAAUAAACCAGCAAACAGCGUUCCUCCGGGGCCUCUGUCUCAGUUCCUGCCUCCAGGUUCCUGCCUUGAGUUUUCCUCAGUAAAGGACUGCGACUCUUUAUUCCCCAGGUUGCUUUUAGUCAUGGUCUUUAUCACAGCAACAGCAAGCAAUCGAACACAGGUGGAACAUUCCGGACUCCAUUCCUUCUAAACGUCUAUGGUUUUUGCAUUGGUUAAUACCAGGUCAUUUCCUUCAGUUGCAAAUUUCGAGCCCCGUGAUACGUCAGGAGCCAUAUGCAAGAACUGCAUAUCUUCAGCCCUGGAGAGCUACUGAGGUUGUUGGGUGGAGUCUGGAUCUCUCCCCUGUGCAGCGUGGUUAUCUCGAGAGCAUCUGAGAAGGUACCUUGUGGUGGCAGAAGUGGACACAUUUUUAUGAGGUGGAUCUGGAGCCUGAGGGGAAAGUGUUCGUGGUAAUAACCCUAACAGGGAGCUUCACUGAAGCCACUCUCCAGAGAGACCGCAUCUUCAAGCAUUUUACCAGGAAGCGCCAACGGGCUAUGCGAAGGAGAGUCCAUCAAGUCAACGGACACAAGUUCAUGGCCACAUACCUGAGGCAGCCCACCUACUGCUCUCACUGCCGGGAGUUCAUCUGGGGAGUAUUUGGGAAACAGGGUUAUCAAUGCCAAGUGUGCACCUGCGUCGUCCAUAAACGCUGCCAUCACCUAAUUGUUACAGCCUGCACUUGCCAAAACAAUAUUAACAAAGUGGAUGCCAAGAUCGCAGAGCAACGGUUUGGCAUCAACAUCCCACACAAGUUCAACGUUCACAACUACAAGGUGCCCACGUUCUGCGACCACUGUGGCUCCCUGCUCUGGGGGAUAAUGCGACAAGGACUUCAGUGUAAAAUAUGUAAGAUGAACGUACAUAUUCGGUGUCAGGCGAACGUGGCCCCAAACUGCGGGGUGAACGCCGUGGAGCUUGCCAAGACCCUGGCAGGGAUGGGUCUCCAACCCGGAAAUAUUUCUCCAACCUCGAAACUCAUUUCCAGGUCUACGCUGAGACGGCAGGGGAAGGAGGGCUCCAAAGAAGGAAAUGGGAUCGGUGUUAAUUCUUCCAGCAGAUUCGGCAUCGACAACUUUGAGUUCAUCCGGGUGUUGGGGAAGGGGAGCUUCGGGAAGGUGAUGCUCGCCAGAAUAAAGGAGACAGGAGAGCUGUACGCUGUGAAGGUGCUGAAGAAGGACGUCAUCCUGCAGGAUGACGAUGUGGAAUGCACCAUGACUGAGAAGAGGAUCCUCUCCUUGGCCCGCAACCACCCCUUCCUCACCCAGCUCUUCUGCUGCUUUCAGACUCCUGACCGUCUGUUCUUUGUCAUGGAGUUUGUGAACGGAGGUGACCUGAUGUUCCACAUCCAAAAGUCCAGGCGUUUCGAUGAAGCCCGAGCUCGUUUCUACGCUGCAGAGAUCAUUUCUGCACUCAUGUUCCUCCACGAGAAAGGCAUCAUCUACAGAGACUUGAAACUGGACAACGUACUACUGGACCACGAAGGCCACUGUAAACUGGCCGACUUCGGAAUGUGCAAGGAGGGCAUUUGUAACGGGGUCACCACAGCCACCUUCUGCGGCACGCCUGACUACAUUGCCCCAGAGAUCCUUCAGGAGAUGUUGUAUGGACCUGCAGUAGACUGGUGGGCCAUGGGCGUGUUGCUUUAUGAGAUGCUGUGCGGACAUGCGCCCUUCGAGGCUGAGAAUGAAGAUGACCUUUUUGAGGCCAUACUGAAUGAUGAAGUUGUCUACCCUACCUGGCUCCAUGAAGAUGCCACAGGGAUCCUCAAAUCUUUCAUGACCAAGAACCCCACCAUGCGCUUGGGCAGCCUGACUCAGGGAGGCGAGCAUGAGAUCUUGAGACAUCCUUUCUUUAAGGAAAUCGACUGGGUCCAGUUGAACCAUCGCCAGCUAGAACCGCCUUUCCGACCCAGAAUCAAAUCCCGAGAAGACGUCAGCAAUUUUGACCCAGACUUCAUAAAAGAAGAGCCUGUUUUAACUCCGAUCGAUGAGGGACAUCUUCCUAUGAUUAACCAGGAUGAGUUUAGAAACUUUUCCUAUGUGUCACCAGAAUUGCAACCGUAGCCUUAUGGGAAGCAACAAAGAGAAAGGGGGAUCUUUCCAGAGAUUUCUUGUGUGGGAAGUCCCCAGCUCCUGCCUUUUAACACCACCUUCACCUUCACGGAGCAAAUGUUCACAACUCUGCGAAGGGCGGAGCCUCAAGAGAGCCACUCUGUCAAGUCCCGGGGAGCCAUGGUACACUUCGGUAGUUGAUACUGAGGUAAGAUGUUACAGAGACGUGCACCGCCCACCCCGGAGUCUCCAUGGCUUUCAGGCUUGGAGUAAAGGACAGAAGCCAAAAGAAGAGAUGCUGGGUAACACAGGAGGUCCUAGGGAUCCUCAGCCAAACAGGCUUCUUGUUUUUAACUUCAAGAGACAAAUCUAGACUUUCCGUGGAGCACCCCACACUGUUCUUCACGCCAAUAGUGCAGUCUGCGAAAGAUCAAAUGCUGAUGAAGAAGUUAAAAGUCUCUCUAGGGAAACGGACGGCAUUCUAAGCAGACUGAUUCGCUUCGAAGAAACCGCAGUUGGGCGUCCUUCAAGCUCCCAACCUAAACCCAGUGUUGAGAACAGAGGUUGGACACCACGACGACCUCUGUUGUCUUGACAACAGCUCAAGUGUCUUGAGUCUCUUCCUUCCAGUAACUAGAUAUUUAUUGAGUGUCAAAUAAAAAGGUGCCAUACUCUUCAGUAGUGUACACGGUAGAGUCACCUUCAUGAUGCCUUUACUCGUUCUGGGGUCCACCUAAUGGUGUUCGCACUCUGCGAAAGGCCUCUCCACAUUGCAUAUAGGUCUGUCUUCUUUGUCUCCUGUUCAUAGAAGGGCCACCACCACAGUAGUGCGGUCAGCAGGCGGGCUUCCGCUGCAUGCCACCUGCUGACUGGCCGGUGGAAUCUAAUCUCCACAUCCUUCAUCCCACGUCGACUCAUUGGCGAAGAAGUCCGUGCCACUCCCAUCCUCGAACACGUGUGUGGCAGGUCCAUCGGCCGCCUACUUGAGUUAUGUUUCAGAGACAAAGAAGGUUGUUUGAUACUCACAUUAAUAAGAAGCUCUGGGUCUUGUAAACAAGGCCGACGACAGAGGUGUACCUUUUCAUGUGUAACCAUAUAUACAGUUGAAAAAAUUUUAUCUGGCUGGAAAUAAAGGCAUUUUUUAGCAAAAGGAAA